CUGAAAAUAUUUCAUCUGAAAUUUCAGACUGGACAGACUCGCAGUGGCUUCUGAGCCAGUGAGAACGAGGCUGCCAAAGCAUGCUGGUGCCAAGCUGUUGGAUGAUGCACGUAGUCAGGCCAGUGGUGGUGCUCCUGUGCUUGCUACUCUGUGCUGAUGCUGAAACACCACCAAAGUUUACAAGAACACCUGUUGACCAGACAGGGGUUUCUGGAGGUGUCGCUUCAUUCAUCUGUCAAGCCACAGGAGACCCAAGACCUAAAAUUGUCUGGAACAAGAAGGGAAAGAAAGUCAGCAAUCAGAGAUUUGAGGUAAUAGAGUUUGAUGAUGGGUCUGGAUCAGUUCUCAGAAUACAACCACUGCGCACACCACGAGAUGAAGCUAUUUAUGAGUGCGUGGCUUCCAAUAGUGUCGGUGAAAUAAGUGUGUCCACAAGACUCACUGUUUUACGUGAGGACCAAAUUCCCCGUGGUUUCCCCACUAUUGAUAUGGGUCCCCAGCUGAAGGUGGUCGAACGAACUCGUACAGCUACCAUGUUAUGUGCAGCCAGUGGCAACCCUGAUCCUGAAAUAACUUGGUUCAAAGAUUUCUUACCUGUUGACACAAGCAACAACAAUGGCCGCAUCAAGCAAUUACGAUCAGGUGCCCUCCAAAUUGAACUGAGUGAAGAAUCUGACCAAGGCAAAUAUGAAUGUGUUGCAACCAACAGUGCGGGUACACGCUAUUCUGCCCCUGCCAAUCUAUAUGUCAGAGUUCGACGGGUCCCACCAAGGUUCUCGAUCCCCCCCACCAAUCAUGAGAUCAUGCCUGGCGGGAGUGUAAAUAUCACGUGUGUUGCAGUGGGGUCACCAAUGCCAUAUGUGAAAUGGAUGCUAGGAGCAGAAGAUUUGACACCUGAGGAUGAUAUGCCAAUAGGGAGAAACGUCCUUGAGCUUAACGAUGUCAGGCAGUCUGCAAACUAUACUUGUGUUGCUAUGUCUACCCUUGGUGUUAUAGAAGCAAUAGCACAGAUAACUGUCAAAGCCUUACCUAAACCUCCUGGAACACCUGUGGUGACAGAAAGCACAGCAACAAGCAUAACAUUGACUUGGGACUCUGGAAAUCCUGAGCCAGUUUCUUACUACAUAAUCCAGCACAAGCCCAAGAACUCUGAAGAGCCAUAUAAAGAAAUUGAUGGUGUUGCCACAACACGCUAUAGUGUGGCUGGACUAAGCCCAUAUUCAGAGUAUGAAUUUCGGGUAGUCGCUGUAAAUAACAUUGGGCGAGGGCCACCCAGUGAGCCUGUGUCAACAAGGACUUCAGAGCAAGCACCUUCAAGUGCACCACGCAAUGUACAGGCCCGUAUGUUGAGCUCUACCACCAUUUUGGUACAGUGGGAAGAACCUGAGGAACCUAAUGGACAAAUACAAGGUUACAGAGUUUAUUAUACUAUGGACCCUACUCAACAUGUCAACAGCUGGCUGAAACACAAUGUGGCUGAUAGCCAUAUCACUACUAUUGGGAAUCUUGUGCCCCAGAAAACAUACUCUGUGAAGGUUCUUGCUUUUACUUCUGUUGGGGACGGACCACUUUCCAGUGACAUUCAAGUCAUCACUCAAACAGGAGUCCCUGGUCAGCCAUUGAACUUCAAGGCAGAACCUGAGUCUGAAACAAGCAUAUUACUUUCCUGGACACCUCCACGUUCUGAUACUAUUUCCAGCUAUGAAUUGGUUUACAAAGACGGGGAACAUGGGGAGGAGCACCGGGUUUCCACUGAACCUACUACAUCUUAUCGUCUCCAAGGCCUGAAGCCAAAUAGCCUGUACUUAUUUCGUCUAGCAGCACGUUCUCCACAGGGACUGGGUGCUUCAACAGCAGAAAUCUCAGCAAGAACCAUGCAGUCAAAGCCAUCUGCUCCUCCUCAAGAUAUUAGUUGCACAAGUCCCAGCUCCACUAGCAUUUUGGUAAGUUGGAAACCUCCACCUGUGGAAAACCAGAAUGGCAUUAUCACUGCAUACUCCAUCAAGUACGUUGAGAUUGAUGGAGAAGAUGUCAAACCCCAUGAAAUUUUGGGAAUUUCCUCGGACAGUACCCAAUACCUUUUGGAACAGCUGGAAAAAUGGACUGAGUACCGGAUCUCUGUGACCGCCCACACUGAUGUUGGACCUGGCCCAGAGAGCUUAGCAGUAUUGAUUCGCACAGAUGAAGAUGUUCCUAGUGGUCCUCCUCGCAAAGUCGAGGUAGAGGCUGUCAACUCUACUGCUGUUAAAGUGUCAUGGCGCUCACCUGUACCCAAUAAGCAGCAUGGUCAGAUUCGAGGAUACCAGGUCCACUAUGUAAGAAUGGAAAAUGGAGAGCCAAGGGGUCAGCCCAUGCUGAAGGACAUCAUGCUGGCUGAUGCACAGGAAAUGAUAAUUUCUGGACUUCAGCCUGAUACUACAUACUCCUUCACUGUAACAGCCUACACAACAAAAGGUGAUGGAGCACGCAGCAAGCCCAAACUUGUAUCUACUACUGGUGCAGUUCCAGGCAAACCUCGUCUUGUGAUUAGCCACACACAGAUGAAUACAGCUCUAAUUCAGUGGCACCCUCCUGUGGACACCUUUGGCCCGCUGCAGGGUUACCGCCUGAAAUUUGGUCGCAAGGAUGUGGAUACAUUUACGACCAUGGAGUUCUCAGAAAAGGAAGAUCACUUCACAGCUACAGACAUUCACAAAGGAGCUUCUUACGUCUUCAGGCUGUCAGCUAGAAAUAAAGUGGGCUUUGGGGAGGAGAUGGUUAAAGAGAUUUCUAUUCCUGAAGAAGUACCCAGUGGAUUUCCUCAAAAUCUCCACUCAGAAAGCUCUACUUCUACAUCAGUUCAAUUAACUUGGCAGAUGCCACUGUUGGCAGAGAGAAAUGGCAUUAUCACCAAAUACACCAUCUUGUACAGAGAUAUCAAUGUUGCUUACCAACCAGUAGAACUCCCUGUUGUUCCUGCUGAUACCACUAUGACACUUUCUGGCUUAAAACCAGAUACCACAUAUGAUGUAAAAGUACGUGCCCACACAAGCAAAGGGCCUGGUCCAUAUAGUCCAAGUGUCCAGUUCAGGACACUACCCGUGGAUCAAGCAGUGUUUGCAAAAAAUUUUCAUGUUAAAGCAGUAAUGAAGACUUCAGUUUUACUGUCUUGGGAGAUUCCAGAAAACUACAACUCAGCUUUACCUUUCAAAAUCCUUUAUGAUGACGGCAAAAUGGUGAUGGAGGUUGAUGGACGUGCUACUCAAAAACUGAUCACUAACUUGAAGCCAGAGACAUCGUAUUCAUUUGUGCUGACAAACAGAGGGAACAGUGCUGGAGGUCUUCAGCACAGAGUGACAGCAAAGACUGCACCAGAUGUGCUUCGCACCAAGCCAGUCUUCAUUGGAAAAACAAACUUAGAUGGCAUGAUAACUGUGGAACUUCCAGAAGUACCAUCAAAUGAGAAUAUAAAAGGCUAUUACAUAGUUAUUGUGCCUUUGAAGAGAUCUCGUGGCAAAUUUAUCAAACCAUGGGAAAGUCCAGAUGAAAUGGAAUUAGAUGAGCUGCUUAAGGAGAUAGCUAGGAAACGCAGAAGCAUUCGUUUUGGGAGGGAAGCUGAAUUAAAGCCGUAUAUUGCAGCUCACUUUGAAGUUCUUCCUACGGAGUUCACACUAGGGGAUAAGAAGCAUUAUGGUGGCUUUGAGAAUAAACAACUGCAAACUGGUCAAGAAUAUGUCUUCUUUGUGUUGGCUGUAAUGGAGCACUCAGAAUCUACUAUGUAUGCAACCAGUCCAUAUUCUGAUCCAGUUGUGUCCAUGGAUCUCGAUCCCCAACCAAUUACAGAUGAGGAAGAAGGCUUGAUCUGGGUUGUAGGACCAGUUCUUGCAGUGGUAUUUAUCAUCUGUAUUGUUAUAGCGAUACUUCUUUAUAAAAGGAAGAGAGCCGAAUCUGAUUCUAGAAAGAGCAGCAUACCCAACAGCAAGGAAGUCCCUUCUCACCAUCCUACAGACCCUGUGGAGCUGCGACGCCUUAAUUUUCAAACUCCAGCUUUGAGCAGUAAUUCAGUCCCCUACGCCUCCCUGAUUGGCUCUGUGUCCUCCCUCUCUAGCCAAACUACCACUCAGUCCUUAUAUGAUAAUAACUCUCUCCCACGAUUCGCUCGAAAAGGUAUGGCCAGUCACCCCCCAAUACCUAUCUUGGAACUUGCAGAUCAUAUUGAAAGACUGAAAGCAAAUGACAAUUUGAAGUUCUCACAGGAAUAUGAGUCUAUUGACCCCGGUCAACAGUUUACAUGGGAACACUCUAACCUGGAAGUAAACAAACCAAAGAACAGAUAUGCAAAUGUAAUUGCAUAUGACCAUUCUCGUGUUCUACUCUCAGCAAUUGAAGGCAUACCAGGCAGUGACUAUAUCAAUGCCAACUACAUAGAUGGAUACAGAAAGCAGAAUGCAUAUAUAGCAACACAAGGGGCAUUGCCAGAAACCUUUGGAGACUUUUGGAGAAUGAUGUGGGAGCAACGUGGUGCAACUGUUGUCAUGAUGACAAAAUUGGAGGAGAGGUCCCGGGUGAAGUGUGAUCAGUACUGGCCAAGCAGAGGCACAGAAACUUAUGGACUCAUCCAAGUGACCCUUUUAGACACGGUUGAAUUGGCAACAUACUGUGUUCGUACAUUUGCACUUUACAAGAAUGGUUCAAGUGAGAAAAGGGAAGUGAGGCAAUUCCAGUUCACUGCCUGGCCUGACCAUGGUGUUCCAGAACACCCAACACCAUUCUUAGCUUUCCUGAGACGUGUCAAGACCUGUAACCCACCUGAUGCUGGUCCGAUGGUAGUGCAUUGCAGGUAACCUCAGAAUAUCUUUAAUGUCAAGAUUAUUGCGUUCUGGUUUAUUGCAGAUGAAAACAUGAUCUUCACUUGUAAAGAGUUUGUCAAAAAUAUAGUUACACUGAAAAUGAUAGAACAGAGUAUGGCACUGCCAAGCUAGAUGGGCUGAAAAUAUUUCCUUUGGUUUGUACAAGGGAAAUUAAUUUUAGAAUAUCUGAGGUUCUGCAGAGUGAACAGGUGACUUUAGUCUGUAUCUCUGUAGAUACAGAAGUAUCUAUUUUACAGAUCAUGGCAUGAAAAGGAAAGAGGAUCCUGCUGGUUUAAGAGGCUGCAGAAAACAUGUUCUGAAAAAUAAAACAGCUUUUGAAAUUAUGAUUUACAUCGUGAAGGAAAGUAAAUGACAUGAAAAUUAACAAUGUUAAACUGUAACUUUUACUGAAAAUAGGUAGAAACUUUGAUCUAUUUUCAAGGUUAACUUCUUGAGAACUGUGAGGACAUGGAAUGGCAAAAGCCAUAUAUGGAGAACAGACUGAACUCAG